AUGGCUGGUCUCAUGGCCGAAGUGAGCUGGAAGGUCUUGGAGCGAAGAGCCCGGACCAAGCGCUCAGGCUCAGUUUAUGAACCUCUGAAAAGCAUUAAUCUUCCGAGAUCUGAUGAAACUCUGUGGGAUAAAUUGGAUCACUAUUACAGAAUCGUCAAGUCAACAUUGCUGCUGUAUCAAAGUCCCACCACAGGUCUCUUUCCCACUAAAACAUGCGGUCACGAUCAGAAGGCCAAGAUCCACGACAGUCUGUACUGUGCUGCUGGCGCCUGGGCUUUGGCUCUUGCAUACAGGCGCAUUGAUGAUGACAAGGGAAGGACCCAUGAGCUGGAGCACUCGGCUAUAAAAUGUAUGAGAGGAAUUCUCUACUGCUACAUGCGUCAGGCCGAUAAGGUCCAGCAAUUUAAGCAGGAUCCACGUCCAACAACAUGUCUUCACUCUGUUUUCAAUGUACAUACAGGAGAUGAGAUCCUCUCCUAUGAGGAAUAUGGGCACCUUCAGAUAAAUGCAGUGUCUCUCUAUCUCCUUUACCUUGUGGAAAUGAUUUCCUCAGGACUCCAGAUUAUCUACAACACUGAUGAGGUCUCUUUUAUUCAGAACCUUGUAUUCUGUGUAGAAAGAGUUUACCGGGUACCCGACUUUGGUGUCUGGGAAAGAGGAAGCAAAUAUAAUAAUGGCAGCACAGAACUGCAUUCGAGCUCUGUUGGCUUAGCAAAAGCAGCUCUAGAAGCAAUUAAUGGAUUCAACCUCUUUGGCAACCAGGGCUGUUCUUGGUCAGUUAUAUUUGUGGAUCUCGAUGCCCAUAAUCGCAACCGGCAAACUUUGUGCUCAUUGUUACCCAGAGAAUCAAGAUCUCAUAACACAGAUGCCGCCCUGCUCCCCUGCAUCAGUUAUCCUGCAUUUGCCUUGGAUGAUGAAGUUCUCUUUAGCCAGACGCUUGAUAAAGUGAUUAGAAAAUUAAAAGGAAAAUAUGGAUUUAAGCGUUUCUUGAGAGAUGGAUAUAGAACAUCAUUGGAAGAUCCCAAUAGACGAUACUACAAACCAGCUGAAAUUAAGCUGUUUGAUGGCAUUGAAUGUGAAUUUCCCAUAUUUUUCCUUUACAUGAUGAUUGAUGGUGUUUUUAGAGGCAAUCCUAAGCAAGUAAAAGAGUAUCAGGAUCUUCUGACUCCAGUACUUCAUCACACCACAGAAGGUUAUCCUGUCAUACCAAAGUACUAUUAUGUGCCAGCUGAUUUUGUAGAACAUGAAAAAAGAAACCCUGGUAGUCAGAAGCGAUUCCCUAGCAACUGUGGCCGUGAUGGAAAACUGUUUCUUUGGGGACAAGCCCUUUAUAUCAUUGCAAAACUCCUGGCUGAUGAAUUAAUUAGUCCUAAAGAUAUUGAUCCUGUUCAGCGUUUUGUCCCACUACAGAAUCAACGAAAUGUGAGCAUGAGAUUUUCCAAUCAGGGUCCACUGGAAAAUGAUCUGGUUGUUUAUGUAGCACUCAUAGCAGAAAGCCAACGCCUCCAAGUUUUCCUCAACACAUAUGGUAUUCAGACUCAGACUCCUCAACAGGUGGAACCCAUUCAGAUCUGGGCCCAGCAGGAGCUGGUGAAAGCUUAUUUCCAUCUGGGUGUCAAUGAAAAAUUAGGACUCUGCGGAAGGCCAGACAGACCUAUUGGCUGCCUUGGUACAUCAAAGAUUUAUCGCAUUCUAGGAAAGACUGUGGUUUGUUACCCUAUCAUCUUUGACCUUAGUGAUUUCUACAUGUCUCAAGAUGUUUUACUGCUGAUAGAUGACAUAAAGAAUGCACUGCAGUUUAUUAAGCAAUACUGGAAAAUGCAUGGACGUCCACUUUUCCUUGUUCUCAUCCGGGAAGACAAUAUAAGAGGUAGCCGAUUCAAUCCCAUAUUAGAUAUGCUGGCAGCGUUUAAGAAAGGAAUGGUUGGAGGAGUUAAAGUUCAUGUUGAUCGUCUACAGACACUAAUAUCUGGAGCUGUGGUUGAACAACUUGACUUCUUACGAAUCAGUGAAAUAGAAGAGCUUCCAGAAUUUAAGAGUUUUGAGGAAUUAGAAGUUCCCAAACAUUCAAAAGUCAAACGACAAAGCAGCACCUCCAAUGCUCCUGAACAGGAACAGAAGCCAGAUGUUACCAUAACUGAAUGGAGAAACAAACCCACCCAUGAAAUUCUUCAAAAACUGAAUGACUGUAGUUGUCUGGCUAGCCAAGCCAUCCUACUGGGUAUACUGCUCAAAAGAGAAGGCCUCCACUUCAUCACAAAGGAAGGUACUGUUUCUGAUCACAUUGAGAGAGUCUAUAGAAGAGCUGGCAGCAAAAAACUUUGGUCGGUGGUGCGCCAUGCAGCAAGUCUUUUAAGUAAACUAGUGGACAGCCUGGCCCCAUCCAUUACUAAUGUUUUAGUGCAGGGCAAACAGGUAACUCUGGGUGCCUUUGGGCAUGAAGAAGAAGUUAUCUCUAAUCCUUUGUCUCCGGGAGUGAUUAAGAACAUCAUCUAUUACAAGUGUAAUACCCAUGAUGAGAGGGAGGCAGUAAUUCAGCAAGAACUGGUCAUCCAUAUUGGCUGGAUCAUCUCCAAUAACCCAGAAUUAUUCAGUGGCAUGCUGAAAAUACGAAUUGGGUGGAUCAUCCAUGCUAUGGAAUAUGAACUACAAAUCCGUGGUGGAAACAAGCCAGCCAGAGACUUAUAUCAGCUGUCACCUAGUGAAGUAAAACAGCUUCUACUGGAUAUUCUCCAGCCUCAACAGAAUGGAAGAUGUUGGCUGAACAGGCGUCAGAUCGACGGCUCUUUGAACAGAACCCCACCUGGGUUCUAUGACAGAGUGUGGCAGAUCCUGGAGCGCACGCCUGAUGGGAUCGUUGUGGCCGGGAGGCAUUUGCCCCAGCAACCAACCCUGUCAGAUAUGACCAUGUAUGAGAUGAAUUUCUCUCUCCUUGUUGAAGACAUGUUGGGAAAUAUUGACCAGCCAAAAUACAGACAGAUUGUCGUGGAGUUACUAAUGGUCGUAUCCAUUGUACUGGAAAGGAACCCUGAGCUAGAAUUUCAAGACAAAGUAGAUCUUGACAAACUGGUGAAAGAAGCAUUUCAUGAAUUUCAAAAAGAUGAGAGUCGACUAAAAGAAGUUGAAAAACAAGAUGAUAUGACUUCCUUUUACAACACUCCCCCCCUGGGAAAAAGAGGAACAUGCAGCUAUUUGACGAAGGUUGUAAUGAAUCGGCUGCUGGAAGGAGAAGUCAAGCCAAGCAAUGAUGACCCGUGUCUGGUUAGCUAG